AUGAGUACUGAUCCUUUUGAAAAGGUAUUUGAGAACCCAGACUCCCAAAUUCUGCGUAUCAAUGACGACAUUGAUGUUGCAGACAUCAGCAGCGAUGAAGAUGUGGAAACAGGUCAAGAGCCAGACAGAGUCGUCUCCGAAAUAAAGCAGGACGUCAACGAAACUCAAAAUGCCAACAGUAGUGGCGAGUUUGCAAAUAUCGAGGCAAAAGCUGAAAAUGUUGAAAGCUCUGUUAAGGAAGCAUCGAGCUCAUCCGCAGAUUCUUCGUCAGAUCAGUCGUCAGACGAAUCCAACGAUAGCUCUUCAGAUGAUGACUAUAGUGAAUCAUCGGGAGAAGAGGUUACAGUGAUGGAUGAUGGGGUCGAUGAUGAAGACUCUGCAGCUCAAGACCCUAUCACCUCCAAAAAUGAAGUCACAGAGGAGCCACUUUACGAAUUGCCCGAAAACUUUGAACUAGGGCCUAACACUGUUAUUAACGAGAUUGGAACUAUCAAGUCCGCUUUUGAUCACAAUAUUAUCGUCGAGUCGUCUAGCUCUGCUGAGCAGCGCGUCUUAAAGGAAAACUCUCUGCUCUGCCUUCAGGACCGUCGCAUUUUGGGCCCACUAUGUGAGGUUUUCGGGCCUCUACAGGCCCCCUUCUACAGGGUGGCUUUCCCGCGGUCAAAACCAGAGCUGUAUAAGGAGUUUUCGCAAAUGACCGGUCAGAAGGUGUUUUACGUAGCUCCCGAGGCUCAUUGGCACGAUACAUUCGAGCUCAAGCGCAUGCGCGGUACUGACGCUUCCAAUGGGUUUGAUGAGGAACUGCCGGAAGAAGAGCAAGAGUUUUCGGAUGACGAAAAGGAAGCCAUGCAUAAAAAGUUGAAAAAGCAGUCCAAGAAGCGGAAAGGUGAAAGUACACCGUCAUCAGAAGGUGCGCCAUUAGUCAAGACUGCGAUAAAGCGUAAAAAUAAUGGCGCGACUCCGGAACAAAGCACAGGAAUGACAACUAGCUCAUACAGGCCUAGAAGCUCUCGUCACAGCGAAGCCAACGCACCCGAGGAUCGUUUGGCCCAGAAAAGACCAUCACACCAUCAACAAACGCAUCAACAUCAACAACACCGCCACCACCAUCAACAGCCACAACAACACCAGCAGCAACCACAGCACCUGGGUUCAAACAUUGUUCCCCAUCCAUCAGCACCACCUUCUUACGUCCAGCAGCAAACCUACAAUUAUCCACCCCAGGGAUAUCAAGAAGCCGUAGGAUCCCAAUACUCAAACUCCGGUUAUGCUUCUCAGUAUAAUCAACACCCAGCUCAACCUUUCAAUUCGCCACAUCCACAAGCGUUUGCCAGCUCAAAUUAUUCGGAGCAAUAUUACACGCAACCAUUAGGAUCCUUCACUCAUCCUCAGCCCACUUUAAACCCAGCGUAUGGACAGUCUAAUGUUCCUCUCAAUCCACAAUUCAUGCAAUUCCAAAUGGUCCCACAGCAAGCCUUUCCUCAACCCCAGUUGAUGCCCCCAUCGGGGUUCUCGCAACCACAGACUCAAAAUAUGCAACAAAUUUGGCAACUACAACAAAUACUUAUGGACCAACAACAACAGCAUCAGAAUAAUCAGCAUCAAAACAAUUAG